GGCGUGACUUACGUGUAGAUAUCGCGGGACCUACACGAAUUUGAAGUCAUUGAAGAACGACGUAACUUACGUCAGUAAAGUCGUUUGUGCUGUGAGCAAAUAUAUGUUUGGCUGUCUUUUUCGUAUUUCUGUUAUUAUGCGAGGGACCUGAAUGAUCUACAGAUUUUGCUGUUCAUUGCGUGUAUAUAUUUACUUGAACUGGGGAAUGAGUUGUUUUUAAUUGUUGAUAAAUUUACAUAAUUUGUCACAACAAACAGUCAGAGAUCACGAAGGUCGGCGGAUUAUAUAUUUAUAUGCAUGCUAUAACAAGCCGGAAAAGUUGAAUUCCGACGGAUUAAAGACCACGAAUUUGGCUAUUUUGGUCUUUUUAGAGCAUUUACAAGACAAGGAAACACCGAUCGAUAAUAUUGGACCCGCUGGUUGCUAUGUUGUUAUAGAAGGAAUAUCUAAGAAGAAAGCUUGUGGGAAUUUUUUACGAGAUCAACGUUUUGGGAGAUAUUUUAUGAAAUUUGUUGGGAAAGAGAUUAAUAUAUCCAAUAUGAUCCAAGCCAAGGUCAUGUAGUAACACAUUCCAUUGCAUUUAUAUAAAUUAUUAAAAAUAAAUUUGUAUGAAAUGGAUGGAAUGCCAGACAAAGGUAUUGGCCAUGAAUCUCCAGUUGAAAAUGGAUUUGUGUUAAAUCGAUGCUCAAGCGAACCUGAGUUGGGUAUUGUGGUAAAGUCAUGUGCACAUAUACCAACACCAGUGGCCGUGAAGGUGGAUUCGAAGACUUCCUUGUCGUCAGCUUCUUCAGGAGAGUUUCGGCAAAGAGCCUCCACCCAUGGAGGGGCAACUGCUUCAAUGAAGAAGAUUGCAGUGCUAAGGAAACAAAGAUUAGCGAAAAGUUCAUCAACGUACAGUACAGAAAGUCAUGAUUUGGACUAUUUAAGCAGGAGAUACAGUCAGGACUUAAUGAAAGCUCAAGCUUUUGAUAGGUUACAGGAACAAUUGAAUCGAGCCCAAGAGGAGUUGAAACUGAAGGACGAGGAAGUGUUAAAACUGUCGAGUUUACGCAAUGAGCUUGAAUCCGAAUUGGAAGAAUUGACUGCAAGUUUGUUUCAGGAGGCGCACGCCAUGGUUCUUGAAGCGAACAUCAAGCAAAGUAAUGCUGAAAAAAAGUUUAAUGAAACGAAUAGCAAGGUUGAUAUGUUGGAGGCAGAGGUUGAAGCUUUAAAGACUUUAGUUAUAACAUCCACGCCAAGCAAACCAGGAUUUCGACGCCGGAGCACCGAGCAGCUCAACAGUUGUGAUUCGUGCGGCUCUGUCCACUGUAUGAAUAUGAAUAAUAAUUUUGACGUGAAAAGUGAAGGCGGCAAUGUAGCAAAUCAGGAAAAAGAGGUGGAUGUUAUUGUUUUUAAAGAGUUUUUGGCGUGGAUGGAGGACAGAAAAUUUGAUCGGACUCAGCCAUUUUUGUCAAGGAUGUAUAACGAAGAUGUGGGUCCAUGUUUAGACUUCACAAAUAAACAGUUGUCAACGACGUUUCAGGACGCCAUUGAAAGCAACAGCCUUGUGUUGGAGCUUCUGUCAACGAAGGGAAUUAGAAGGAAAUGUGCAUUAACCGGUGCAAUGAGGAUAUGUCGUUACAGAGUUGCAGCGUCGGACACGUCAGAGUGGCAUUAUAUCUCUCAAAGUGCACGACAUAGGCUUGUCGCAGUUUGUGAUUUUUUCACCUAUAUUCGAUACCUUUAUCUCGGAUUGGUUAAAAAAGACGUGACUGACAUUUACUGGGAAAUUAUGGAACUCCGUAAACAAAUGGCUUUCGCUAAAUGUGGUCUGUCUCAUUCCCAAUGAAAUAUCUGGAGAUUAUUGUCGUUACUAUGGGGUAAAAUAGAAAUGCUGACAUGCACUAUUUGUCCAUUAGAAUAAUUACAAAGGUGGUUGUUGAACAUUGUGGGCCUUUGUGGCUUUGACCAUGCACUGCUUGGCCCAGUGGCCACGGACAUAACGCGAUAAUCACCCCAAAACUGGCCGAAAUGAGAAAUUGAGAAAUAAUUAAUUUUAUGCUGAACAAAAAUUAACCAAGAAGCAAAAAAAUUGCCCAAAAAUUAUUUCUAAGUAUAACGGUGCAGAACCUCACGUUCUUAAUUCGCAUAAAACAUCGUUUUGUUUGAAUUGCUGAGAUAUUUGUUUACGUUUAUACAAAGUGAAUUCUCAUGCACCUUUGUAAUUAUACGACACGUUUUCGUUUCGGUUUUUCAGCGAUAUUCGCCUUGGCUUCGGCAAAUAAUAGAAACCUAUUUUCGUCUUGGGUACCAGUUGAACUUAUAUAGCUAUAUAUUUGCAUGAUAGCAAUGAAAUAUAGUCCAUUAAAAACCUGCAAUAUUUCAUACAAAAUUUCCGACAGUAUAACAAAAAUUGUGAAUUAGAUGCACGGUUUUCAAAUUUUAACCAUCACCAGAUAAUCGUAGCAAUACACGGAUGCAAUACACGGUUGCUGUGCCACGCUAUGACUAUCACAUUUUCGUGCCGUACUUCAGAAUUUGUCUUGAAUACAAAAGAUCCAACAUUACUAAUAUGGUACAGUCAGUAGGCGGCCUUUUUAUAGGCAUGUGUGGAAAUGUAAAAAAAGAACAGAAAACAGUCUUAUAACAGUGAUAUUCAUUGUGGUGCACGUAUUCUAUUAUAUAUGGAAACCGGUAACUCCGGACAUGGCAAAUUUUUGACCAGUGAGAAAGCUAUUUAUAAAAAAUUCCUCUUUGCAACUAAUUUAGGCUCCUAAUUUGCUCUUUUUGAGACGAGAAUUAUUUUUCAGUAUUUAAAUAGUAAUUAUACUUUAAACUAGCGUUUCUCGCUUUCUAUACAUUGACGUAUAAUCUAAUUUAUAUACUAAAUCUAAUUCAAUUAUGAUUGUCCUCUGAACACCCAGCCACAAUUACAGUAUCGCCUUUCAUUCGCUGAAAACACUGCAUUCAGCUGCAUGCAUGUUUACACAUUUCGUAGGUUUUGCAUCCGUUAUAUAAGUCGAUGUUUUCUUAGACUUUACUUUUGUGGUUGGGACAAAGCGAUAAAUCGCAAUCAAUUAAUGAUUUGUAAAUAAAUAUAAUUUAUAUAGAAUACCAAACAAAUUAAAUAUAGUAAUAAAUUUGACGAAGCCAUUCUUAAAAUUUACACAUGGUGACAACUAUCCAAAUUAUUUCAGUUGCUAUAUAUAAGCAGUAUCAUACAGCAAACGGUGAUUCACCUGUAAUUAUCUGGGAGGAAAUAUGCUGGUUCAAUGUCAAUCAAUCUUUUUUAAGUUGUUUGAAACAUUGUUCUGGUUCUUGUUAUCUGCUGAAUCUACAUCAGGUCUUAUGCAU